AUGUCAUUUGCAGAAACAGCGAACACAAACCCACCUCGUUACUUUUGGACUACAUUGCCGCCUUCUCAACGAUGUGUUCACAUUUGGAAAACCAAUCGACCUAGUCGCUCCUACUAUGCUACACCUGGUUCUCUCGCGAAUUUGGCGGGUUCUGACCGUUCACAGUCUCCCAAUGAUCAGGGCAACAGUUUGAGAAGACUGCACACUUUCAACGAGCCGAUCAUUCUCAACAAUGGGUCCAACGCAGCAGUAGUAGCACCCAUGGAAAGCCGUUUAUCUUGGCGAAGUCACAGUCAACCGCCUUUCACAGAUGCAGAUCGGUCUUUACCAACGGGAAAUGUGUCUCCAGCUUUUCUCAACACGGAGUCCACGCAACAGAUACCGGUUACGACGACUACCGAAACGACCACAUGCGGGCAUCGUUCGAAUGAUCGUAGCUCGUUUUGUUCCACAAUCACUGUUUCGUCCGGUGCCCAAAGCCGUCUGCGUAGCAUUCACAGUGCACCUCGUUCUUCCUCCAUCCGACCAAGGUUGUCCGCCUCGCGCCGCGCAGCACGUUCGUUUCGUUCCAUACAGUGCGGCGAGAGUAACAUGAGCAGUAGUAGCAGUAGUAAUAACAGCCUAGUGGGGCGAUACCGGACCAUUAGCGGUGCCCUUCCAAAUGAUACAGCCUCUGAAUUGUGCGCUUCUGACACUCGCUUAUCCGCACUACUUCGUUCCGCAUCACUUCGUUUGGACAACGAAUCUAUUGAGUCACCUACCGCUCCACAUGCUCUCGUUGAUGGAUCAAGUGACCUGGACGAAUUCCCGGCCCUACCAGUUCGCUCGCGUACCGACCAAGCCGCCAUUUCUGCUUGUCUAUCCUCCAACUCAGGACUACCACACUUACAUUUUCGUCCUCGUCCUGUGUCUGAUGGAGCUGUGGCUGGCCUCCUGGUUGCUAAUUGUUCCGCUUCACCUUCCUCGAUCUGCAACACAGCUGAUGUUGUUUCCAAUGUUGCGCCACCAUCAACUCCACUCAAUGAGACAUCAUUAUCGCAAAUCGGUUGCGAACGCCUUGAUUCAUCUGCGGAGACGGACAGCAUCACUAUCACACCUUCUGGGGCUACGGAUGUCACCACACUUUCUACUGUUCGUUUUCCCACGCGUCAUCUGAGAGAGCAAACAGCUGGUGAUGGGGGCACGACCUCCAGUACCAAUACGCAUCAAGAGCCCGAAGCGGACCAUGAUUUCUACCGUUCCAACUCCAGUCGAAUCCCCUACAGAUGUAACGAGCAUUGGCAACGAAUCCUCAUCGGGCUGAAUGAUUUACGGCAAGGCGGGCAUUUUUGCGAUGUGAUCUUACAGGCCGGUGCGGUAAAGAUUUCAGCCCACCGGAAUGUGCUCGCAGCCAGUUCGCGAUACUUUAAUGCAAUGUUCACUGGCCCCAUGGCUGAAGCUCGCUCGCCCUGUGUUCAAAUUCAAGGGAUUGAUGGGGACGCUCUCAUCCAGUUGAUUGACUUCAUCUACACUGGGGAAAUCCUCGUAACUGAGGACACAGUUCAGUCUCUACUUCCGGCCGCCAACUUACUCCAGCUCGGUAAUGUUCGAGCUGCUUGUUGCGAGUUUCUCCAAUCGCAACUACACCCGAGCAAUUGUUUGGGCAUCCAGCGGUUCGCCGACCUCCACGAUUGCCCCGAUUUGUUGGCAUACAGUCGUCGGUUCACCGAACAGCAUUUCGGGGAGCUACUGCAACAAGACGAUGAGUUUUUGGCACUGACUGCUGACCAACUGGAACAGCUAAUUUCCAGCGAUCAACUGGCCGUGUCCGAGGACCAGGUUUUUGAGGCUGUGCUUCGUUGGAUAGCGCAUGAUUCCGAUACCCGUCAACGUUCGGCUCGUCGAUUGUGUGGCCAUGUGCGUUUCGCUCUGUUCCCCCGCGACUAUCUGGUCCGGUUGAGUCAGUCAGAAGUCUUCUUGACCGCGAAUCCUUGGUGCAAAGACUACCUGAUUGAGGCCCUGAGUUAUCAUCUGUUGUCUUGGGAACAGAAACUACGUGUGACCUCCGAACGAGCCAGACCCCGUACGCCCAUCGGUUUACCAAAGGUCUUGAUUGUAAUCGGUGGUCAAGCACCCAAAGCCAUCCGAUCGGUUGAGAUGUACGAAUUCCGGACCGGUUUGUGGCGCUCAAGCGAUACCGACUCCCACCUCACUUCUGUCGCCCAAGCGUCAGAAUCAGCCCAGUCCACUGCUGGUUCAGGGUCCCCGUCUCCAUCAAUGUCGCCUACCACAAGUGCUCGCGUGUCAGUCACCGGUAGCUGCAACUCCUCCGCAGCCGUUGUUGAUCUUCCCAGCCGACGUUGUCGGUGCGGUGUUGCUGUGGUCGGCGGUUUGGUCUAUAUUGUUGGUGGUUUCAAUGGGGCCCUUCGGGUCCGUUCUGUGGAGAUUUACGAUCCGAUUCGCAACAUUUGGCACUCUGGUCCAAAUAUGGAAUGUCGACGUGCAACUCUUGGUGUCGCUGUGUUGAAUGGACACAUUUAUGCCGUGGGCGGUUUUGAUGGAAAUUCAGGGCUGAACAGUGUCGAGGUCUUCGAUAUGUGGUCUGGUAACUGGCGCUUCAUUGCAUCCAUGUCUUGUAGACGCUCCUCUGUUGGCGCUGGAGCACUGGAUGGAAGGAUUUACGCUGUCGGUGGCUACGAUGGUGUGGCUCGCCGUUGUCUUUCCUCUGUCGAGUGUUACGACCCCGUGACAAACAUGUGGACCCCCGUCGCGGACAUGACUUGCCGGUCUUUAGGCGUUACGGCUUGUUUUCUGUCAUCUACUGUCCAGACGCGAGGCUCUUAG